AUGGCGACAACAAAUAUAACAGGAACUGGAACACAAUCGAAAACAUUUGAAAGAUUGCUAUGCCCACCGGUUUGGAUAGGUGAGUUUAAAAAACAGUCCAUUUCGUUCUCAGCAGUCAACAUUCUAUUCUCCAUCACAGCAACACUUGGGAAUUCUCUCAUCCUUGUUGCCCUUCACAAGGAAUCUUCCCUCAAUCCGCCAUCCAAACUCUUGUAUCGUUGUCUGGCAACAACUGAUCUGUUGGUUGGUCUUGUUACCCAGCCUCUCUGUGCUACCUAUUGGAUGUCUUUGGUUCACGAACAUUGGAGUCUUUGUAGAUACGUAAGGAACGCAAUCUACAUAUCAGGUUAUGCAUUAUGUGGGGUGUCUUUGUCAACGUUGACGGCCAUAAGCGUGGACCGACUUCUCGCCCUGUUGUUGGGACUGAGAUACAAAGAUAUUGUAACUUUCAGGCGCACGUACAUCAUUUUAGCUAUCUUUUGGAUUGUAUGUCUAGCCGCUGGUUUAUUCUCUCUUCUAAAUUACCGUAUAACCUUUUGGUGCAGCUUCAUAGUUACAUCAUCUUGCCUAGUUAUCUCAAUCGCCUCGUACACAAAAAUUUUCCGCGCUCUCAGUCAUCAUCAAGCUCAAGUACAAGAUCAUGCUCAACAACAGGCGAGCCAAUCAAUUACUCUGAACAUGGCGCGGUACAGAAAGGCAGUGUACAAUGCACUUUGGGUGCAGCUAGCUUUAGUUGUCUGUUAUGUACCAUAUGUUACACUGAAAAUUGUGAUCUCUCUUAGUAGAGAGCGAUUUCCGAAUUUUAUAAUAAUCACCGAAAUGGCAACUGUCCUAGUGUUAUUUAACUCUACUUUAAACCCGUUACUUUACUGCUGGAAGAUAAGUGAAGUGAGACGAGCAGUAAAGCAGACAAUCAGACAAGUAAUCUGCUAUGCAUAG